AGCUGAGGACAUUAAUCAUUCAUGGGGCUGCUCACCGGGAAACCCUAACCCCUGCCCAGUGGGGCCAAGUGGCCAGCCAGGCCCCACAUCCUUGACAAUGCCAGAUGGCCGAAACCCCCUCACCCUGACCCCUCCAGCACAGCGCAAGCAACGGGCCCCCCCAGGACCCACCUCCUUUGGCCUCACCUCCGUGCCGCUAAAUCCAGAGUUCAAGGCCUCUCUUCCCCAAUUUCACACACCCUCUGCUCCAGCCAGGGUGGCACCCACAAGGGGGCCGCCGUGGGCAAUUCAUCCCAUCGUUGCCCCCCUCCCAGCCUUCGCCCAGAGUCUCCCUCCUGUCUGAGAGCCCUUCUCCUGUCCUCUCUUUGCUCAGCGCUGCCCUCAUCACACAGCGGGGCUGAGCCCUCCACCCUGCAGCAGUGUCGCUCCCAUUUUACAGGCGAGGCAACUGAGGCUUGGAAAGGUGACUUGCUGGGUCUCCCAGCUCACCGGUGGACCGAGCUGUAGCCUGAAGCUCAUUGCAGCCACCACGCCCUGGCACCCACUGUUGCUGAGAACCGUCCUCUUGGCCCAUCUGCCCUGGCCACACAGGGCAGAGGGCCCCGGGUAGCGCCUGAGCUGCCUCUGUCACUUAGCCUAAUCCGCCUCAGGGCCCCGUCCCAGGCCGUGCGCUCUCUGGGUGCAUAAGCAGCUUUACGGGCCCAGAGAGCCAAGGGUGCUUCUCGCGCGGUGUCUCUGAGCCCCGUUGCCUGUCUUCACAUGGCCACAGAGAAGGCCAGGGGGCAGCGUGGCCCAGACCUUGCUCCCAGCCCCCAGAAGCCCCCCGUGGGGGCCCAAGUUCCCAGGAGUGGUGCUGAGGGGCAACCCUUGACCAGGAGGAGCAGCAAAAGGGAGAGGGGGCCCCGAGGGUCCCAGAAAGGCACCGACGGCUCUGGGAGGCAGACCCCCGUCCAGCGCCCCGAGGCCCCCGGGAGCAGCAAGCACGCCUCUGGGACAGGCGGAGGGCCAGAGGAGGAGCCAGCCCCUGCAGCCCCUGCAGCCCCGGGGGCGGCCUCCCGGCACCAGUCCCACCGGCACCGUCCUGCCCCGCACCACGAUGCAGCCCAGAAGACAUACGGGCCUCUGCUCAACCGUGUCUUCGGGAAGGACCGCGAGCUGGGCCCCGAGGAGCUGGACGAGCUUCAGGCGGCCUUCGAGGAGUUUGACACGGACCGUGACGGCUACAUCGGCUACCGGGAGCUGGGCGCCUGCAUGCGGACGCUGGGCUACAUGCCCACGGAGAUGGAGCUGCUCGAGGUCUCGCAGCACGUCAAGAUGCGGAUGGGUGGCCAUGUGGACUUCGAGGAGUUUGUGGAGCUGAUGGGCCCGAAGCUGAGGGAGGAGACGGCGCACAUGCUCGGGGUGCGGGAGCUGCGCAUCGCCUUCCGGGAGUUCGACAGGGACAGGGAUGGACGGAUCACUGUGGCUGAGCUGCGGCAGGCAGCGCCGGCCCUGCUGGGGGAGCCGCUGGGGGACCCUGAGCUGGAUGAGAUGUUCCGAGACGUGGACCUCAACGGGGACGGCACCGUCGACUUCGAUGAGUUUGUGAUGAUGCUCUUCACCCACUGAGCUCCAGGCGGGGGACCGCCUUGUCCCUCUGGCCCCAGACCGGCAGGGUCCCUGCUGCACGCCCUCCCCGGGAGGCCCCGGGAUGAAGGAGACCAGCAGCCCAAGCUCCUCCUGCCCCUGACCACACCUGGCUGGAGCGCCGGCUUGUGACGGCACCCACCCACCCUCAUCCUCGCCUCCUUCCCACCUGGGGAAAGGAGGUUCCAGGACAAAAGCGACAGUCAGCUGCCUGGCAUUCCCCAGCGAGAGCAAGAUUUGGGUCUCUGCAGCCCCUCUGGGCGGGGGGGGGGAGCUCCCCACACUGGCAGCAUUAACAAAUGGGGGUUGGGGGGGUAAAGGGGAUGGCUGGACAGGACCCUUCCCACUACUUAAGUGU